AUGCUUGAAGCAUUUAAAUUCUCAUCAAGAACUACUUCAUUCGACUCGACGAAUCAUCGCGAAUUUUUGUUUAAACAGUUGAACGAUUGGUAUGACGAACAGUUGAGUUUAAUUAAUAAAACUUACGCGGAGAAAAAGCAGGAAAUUCAGAUUUUGUGUUUGAAAUCUCAGAUGGAGUUUGAUUUAUACAAAUUGAAGAAAGAGAAGCAAUUGAAGAUGAAUUUAAUGAAACAAUUGAAGAAAGUGCUCAUGCUCAAACAAGUUCACGUGGAUGAUUUAAACGAAAUGAGAAAUAAACUCGAGUAUAUUCAACGAGGUAUUGACGAACUCAAGCAAUUAAAAGUUGAUAUUUAUUUUAAUUCGACAAAUUUCGACAUCUCGAUAAUCAAAAGACGUUAUGUCGAGGCGGCAAAGCCAUUGUUUAACGACGAUGAUGAUAAUCUAUGGAAAACAGAUAGCGAAGAUGAAGGAGAAACGGACGAUUGCCACCAGUGCAAUGACUCAUGCGAUUGUAAACAAAAUUUCUCUUCACCUUCGCUUCUUUCAGUAUCGCCGGCGAUUAUUGCGAAGAAACCACCGUUAAAACUUGUUAUCAAACGCUUACGACAUUCUACAAUAUCCAAUGAAAUCAAAUAUAAAUUACACGCAAUCAACACGUCAUUGCCAAUUCGAACUUAA